UUCCGGGAGCAAGUGCUGGCAAACCAAUCGUCAAGGGAAGUCGGUGCCGUUUCAGCGGCUCUGGAUACAGAGGAAGGUCGAUGUUGAAGAGGACCCGCUGUAGGAACCGGGAAGGCGUUUUAGACACGUGUUCCCUUGUAUGAUCAGAGCCAACGAACGACCCAAACAGUAUUUCACGUUUGCCACUCACCUUGCUCUAAGUGGAACGGAAACACAUGUAUUUCUACGUGACGGUGCUUCUGGUUUGUCUGUAAAGGCGCGUUCAAAAAGCGCCGUGUGAGAGCAUGUAGACUACCAGGCGCGGUGGCCAAGUGGUAAGGCGUCGGUCUCGUAAACCGAAGAUCGCGGGUUCGAACCCCGUCCGUGCCUGCGGUGUGUGCUGAGCUACAAGCUCCGUUUUUCUUUUAACGUGUGUCCUGCUGAAACAGGGAGACCCAAGCGUUCAUUCCUGCCACUUGCCACCGGUCUAAAUCCGCUAGCUGCCUCGCUAACUUGAUCCAUUCAGUAGACUGCAAUUCCGUUUCUUUACUGUGAAACACAUUUGUGUUCGUCCGGCACUAGGACCCGGGUGACGUCACACCGCGCCGGUCGCUCCAACAUGGCGGACCAUAACAAGCCUGGAGACGACCGAGACAUUUAUAAUGAAGUUAUGAGCCCGUCUGAGUUGUUUGCCGCUCGCAACCGCAGCCACAAGAUUCCUGUGAGAGGUCAGAAGGAGUUCUAUCCCAACGACUCGGUGGAGCAGCGGCAACGAUUGGAGCACAGUCUGGAGGAGCACUUUGCUCUGAUGGCAGAGGAGCGGGUGGAGAGGCUAGGAAACCUGGUCAGGGGAAGGUGGGAUCCUGCGGAGAAGAUCGUGGAGCUCCAGUCUCCUGCUGUGAGUUUUAGUCUGGAGGAAGUUCAUCUCACAUUUCUCGUUGAUUCCGUGGCGCGUGCGUUUGUUCAGGGAAAGUUCUGGCAGACCAUGGGUUUCUCAUCCGAAGGCAAACAGCUCCUGCUCCCUGAGGAAGCUCUUCACCUCAUGGAGUGUGGCAGCGUCCAGGUCUUUUACCAGGACCUCCCGAUGUCCAUCCAGGACGGCUAUGAGAGGUUUCUGUCCUCCAGCACCGUCAGCCUGCAGCAGUACCAGGUGUACGGUCACCUGAAGAGGCUCGGCUACGUGGUCCAAAGGUUCCAUCCCGGUUUGGAGCCGACAUCUUACGCCCGACAGCUGAACCUUUCUCUCUCCCGAGAGCGAGCGGCAAGAACAUUGAAGAGGAAACGCAGCACCAGUGUGACCAGCAGCUGCAGUCCAAGUCCAGCAGCCAGCGAGCCACCUGCGGCCACCUCGUCCGCAGGUGCAGGCAGGUCAUGGUGGACGGCAGAGAAGGCUGAAGAGCAGGUGGAGUCAGGCCACGUCCCUGAGCGCUCAUCACGUUGGGACGCCGACAUCUGCUUCCCUGACCUGGGCUCCGGUGACGUUGGCCUGGCCUCCCUGAGCUCCCCGGAUCCUUCGCUGCUGCCCGGCGCGCUGACUGUCGGCGUGUGUGACGUCACUCGCUGGACGCAGAGAAUCAACCUGCGGAAGGUGAAGUCGUCGGAGAAGGAAGAGGAGCGAGCCCGUGAGGAGAGGCUGCGCAGGGGAGACGUCAACACCGACCACGAGGUCCGGCGCUGCAAGAACUGGGCAGAGUAUCGAGAGCUGCUGCAGAGACGGAGCAGGUCCAGCCAGGGUCUUCCAGAACACCUGUGGAACGGCGAAGUGACUCCGCUGCACGAUCCAAGAGCCUCCAUCCCGACCCGCCAACUUCUGGAGAAACUUCGUGUGAUCCCAGCCACGAACCUGUUGGAGGGGGCGUCCAUGAUCAAUGCGUCGGACGAGUGGAGGAUCAGUUUCAGCGUGUUCCAGCCCGAGAUGGCGUCUGACUUUAAGAAGAGCAAGCCGGGGCUGCCGGGCUGGAGGGUGUGUGUGUGCAGUUUCUCGGGUCCAGUACCGGACCUGCGUGCGCUGAAGCAGCUGAGCCACCAGAGCGGCGACGUCCCGCUCGUAUUUGCUGUGGUGGACUUUGGAGACAUUUCCUUCUUCACCUUCAAAGACUUUCAGCUGCCCAUCGACAUCUUUCCCUGACCUCUUCUGC